AUGGCUCCCGCUAUUGUCAGUGACGUUGAGCUCCCGGCCCGUGUGGUGCCUGAGACGGCGGCUACCCCGGCCUCAAAGGUCUCGACCACCAAGCUCUUUUCCCUCGAGGGCAAGACCAUCGCCAUCACGGGCGGUGCUCGUGGCCUUGGCAUCACCCUCGCCAUUGCCGUGGUGGAGGCCGGCGGCAGCGUUUCCUGUCUCGACAUUCUCGAGGAGCCCUCUGCGGAGGAGUGGGCCCUGCUGAACAAGAUUGCCACGGCCAACGGCUCGUCUGCGUCGUAUCAGAAGUGCGAUGUCACCAACGAGGAGUCUGUGGAGGCGGUCAUCAAAUCGGUUGCGGCCGAGGCGGACAAGAACGGCGCUCCGUUUUGGGGCUGCAUUGCCUGUGCCGGCAUCCAGCAGCAGCUCUCUGCCUUUGACUACCCCGCGGCCGACUUCGACCGGAUCCUGAAGGUCAACGUCACCGGCGUCUUCAAUACCUGCAAGUACACGGCGAGGGUGCUGCGGGAUAACAAGACAUCCGGUAGCAUUGUCAUGAUCUCCAGCAUGUCUGGCAACAUUGCCAACCGAGGCCUCUCCUGCACUGCAUACAACACUAGCAAGGCGGCUGUCCAGCAGAUGUGUCGCUCAGUUGCACAAGAAUGGGGCAAAUUUGGCAUCCGCGUCAACACGCUGUCUCCCGGUUACAUCCGAACCGCCAUGACCGACCAGCUCCUCAUCGAGAACCCCGAGGUUGAGAAGACGUGGAUGGCCGGCGCCCUGUUGGGUCGUCUUGGCGCGCCCGAGGAUUUUAAGGCCCCCGCCGUCUUCCUCUUGUCUGAGGGAGCUUCGUUUGUUCACGGUUCUGACCUGAGGGUGGAUGGAGGACACUGUGCCUCUGCCUAA